AUAUCGGCCCAAAAAUGCCCGUAGACUCGAAAAAAUUGGUCAAAAAAGCUUGUCAGCACAUAAAACCAGUUGAGAAAUUCGAAUGCGAGACACAAAGAAGUACUACAACUGAUGGCGAAACUAUCAAAUUCGAUUACAUGUGGGCGACACAUUUGAGUGAUGAAGACUUCGAGUGGGUGUUCAGUUUAUUCAAAGAGAACAUGUACGAUAUGUAUCACAAAUCCCAGUGGGGAUACGAUGAAAAUUCCAAGCGAAACGAACUUCGUGCAACAACAUCAAGGUUCAUCAUCGCGAAGAAUUCGAAAGGGGAUAAAAUUGGCUAUACCACUUAUCGAUUUGUGGUCGAUCACAACAUUCCUGUGGCAUAUUGUUGGGAACUUCAAAUUGUACCGGCUUAUCAGAACAAAGGAAUCGGUGGCAUGAUGCUCGACACGCUGGAAAAGCUCUCUUCAAAGACAAACAUGAGUAAAGUCAUGGCAACAGUUUUUCUGUAUAAUGGACCGUCGCUCGGCUUCUUUCACAAACAUGGAUACAACAGCGACGUGACGUGCCCAUCCGAUGAUUCUGGUCUGGAUUAUGCGAUCCUGUCGAAAGAGACACCGAGCACAUAAGAAUAUUAAAUUCUGAUUCUAUGAUUUUCUAAUUUGUUAUCAUCUUCAUUCUGGCUUAAUUGUUACAUGUAUUUUUUUUUGGGUAAACAAACGUUUUUUAUAUUUCUACUUUUAUAAUAUUGUGUCGUAAAAACCGUUACUUUUCGUUCAAAUAUUUAUUUUCAAACCAAAAUAUAAACAUUUUUGUAAU